AUGUCGAAUUUGGAAGGAGCUUUUGCGCCAGUUCCCGUUCAAAGGUAUGAGAUUCUCCCUCGGGUAUCGAUGUUCGACUUAGUUUGUAAGUUUCUCUGACACUCGGCAAUUUGACUUCCACUCCCGAUUUACUUUUCAUUAAGAAGUCGAGCUUUUGAAAUGUAGAAAAAGGGAAGUGGGGGACCCUAGGUAGGUGAGGUAACCCGCCUUAAGCCGUGGUCGAAAAAUAAAACGCGUUUACAUACAAUCUUAAGACCCCGGGGUGCUGGGGUGAGGUUUCUUGAGGUUACAGUUGUUGCGCUUGCAAUCAGGGAGUUUGAGUAUAGUCGUCCCAAGCUCACGUCUCUAGAAAGGCGAAAGAUUUACUAUCGGACACGCAUGUAUUUAUCCAUGAAGGCGUAACGCGGUGUUAGGUUACACGAGGAACCAUUGACUUAUUACGUUAUAAGGAAUAGUUUGAAAUGGACAAUUUACAACGCUAAAUAUUCCGAAAUGUGAACAUUUUACACUCCUUGUGUGUCCGUUGCGGUUUCUGGUGAUUUCUGCCAUGAGAGGGCUAGGAAAUUUACAAAGUUUUAAAACAUACGUGUUUCGCUUUUGAGCUUUUUGCCAUGAACGCAACCCCGGGUAGGCGGGUUACCCCACCUUGAGACGUUUAAAUGGCAAAUUGUCACCCCGGCUGACAGGGUUACUCUACCUGGAAGACCGGACAACCCACCUAGGCGGGUCACCCCACUUAUCAUGUAAACGUGAUCAAGAUCAAAUAAGAAAUUUUAUGGACAGGUGGGUUACCUCAUGUACCUGGGGUCCCCCACCUCCAUGUAAACAGGCCCUUAGCUAGAACAGAGUUCAUACGCUGGUCAAUUGACAGGCUGGGGACAGGGAAGGAAUUUGUUAGAUAAAAAGAAUUUUAAAAUUGAUUUUACUACAAAACUUCACCUCUCAUCCGUUUUGUAUAUGUGGCACUCUGGAUAAUUGUGGAUAACACAUACUCCUCUUAGUCCUUAGGUAUAAGGUUCAUACCCUGGCCAUGUGAACUUUUUAUUAAUUUUGUCUUUUCUUUUUUUCCUUUUUUUUUUUUAAAUUCAAUUCAAAUUAUUCUUCAAAGGAUUUGUUAGAUAUGUUCAGAGUAAAUGUACACGUGUGAAUGUUUGAUGAUUUAGCUCUUAUGUUCAAAUUGAUAACAAUAUCGAAAUGCAGAGGUGAGGCCCAGAAAAAAAAUUAACUAGACACGAAAAAAGUGAGUAUAAGUCCUAAGAAACCUGAUCAGAUCCGUUCAGUGAUGGCCAGUGUCAGAACUGAACCAGGAUAGAUCACAAGAGAUGUUAGGAGUGUCUCACAAUAGUCCACCAUUUUGAAAAUCAUGCAGGGUUUGGGGGAAGGUUUUCAGACCUACAUGAUACCAUAACAUGGUGCCUAGGGCCAAUAAUCCUAGAAGGAUUGCACAAUAGGCACAAAAUGGCAGCUAAAUGCAUUUAGUUAUAUGAGGGACUUCUAGCUCACUUCACAAGCCAUUGAACACUCAUUACACAAUAAGGGUUUUGCUCCCAGGUUAUGCUGGAGGAACAAACUACAGGAGAGAAGCUCUUUGGCACAUAUCAAUGGGGUUUAUUUCAUCCUCUGAGGCAGAAUUUUCAUCCCACAUAAUGAAAUGGGCCACAAGAGUAUACCAGGUAUUUCAAAGGGUGGAUAGCCUCUAUCCAAUGGCUUAAUAGCUAUUCAGUGGAUAAUUGUUUAUAAAAUGUAUUGCGUUAUUUACUGGGUAGAGAUUUAUCCAGUUGAUGGUAAUCACCACCCUUUGAGCAAUUGGGACCAGAGGAAAAAUUGGGUGCAAGGUCUUUGGGUAAAUUGAACAAACUUGAAAAUGCUUCUCUGCAUGCACUGGUUAUGCAAAUUGAAACAUGCCCCAUGGCCAAGAGCAAAACCCUUCAAGUGUAUUCAAUUUGACCAUAACUACUGUAUACAUAGAUAAAUUCCAUUGUGCAUUCACACAUUUACACUUCAGUUAUUUCACACAUACUACAUUAUUUUGCAACUUAUGGUGCCACACACAAUUAGAAUAAUUUAAAUGCUGUGUUAAAAACAAGAUGAAAUAAUUUUCAACCCUUAAUUACUGUUACACAUAAUUUAUGUGCUUUAUGUAAAGAACAAACUUGGAUAGAUUAUUGCUUUAUUUAUUCUGAAUUUCAGGGGAACUGGCAGCUAUUACAGAGGAUUUGUUAAACCGCCUGAAAGAUUUAUCAGUACCCAACUGUCAGGGGGACUCAGGGUGUUAUAUCAAAAGCUUGAAGAAAAAAAAAAAGGCUUGUGUAACAAAGAAACUCUACUGCUCAGAGUGGCUACAAUACCAAAAGGUUUAGUAAUGAUUCUCCAGUGUUGCCAAUUUCAUUGCCAUUCUCCUAAGUUCUAUUGAGUAAACAGGGAGACUCACCAUCGGCUGAUUCAUCUACUGGGUGUAUUUUGGUACAUAUUACUUGUACAACUCUUUACACUUAUUUGAAAGGAGGCAAACAAUAAGAAAAGUAUUUGAAUGCGCAAAUAAGUCCAACCUCUCGAUAGAAGACUAGGAAAAAAUAUUUUCCAUUAUGGGGGGAAAUCAAGUGUGGAAUUUUUCUUGCAUACUGUACAGACACCAGACAAGUCAUGUUUCAAUCUAAUCCCCAAAGAAUAAGUGGAUGAUAGAUUUUUUGAUUUUGAUCAUGAGGACAGUUGAUAUAUUAUUGCACAUCAGCCUAUGACUCUGCAGCCUAGUUUUGAUUUGCUUUAUGUAAAAAUCAACAUGGGAGAACCAGAAUGUGUACACAGACUAGAUGUGCUGACAUUUUUAUUUUAUUUUUUUUUCCUUUUUGGCUCCAGUACUAGCAUCACAGACUGGCAAAGAUGGCAAAUUCAAGCCUUGUUACCCAGGUAACUUCUCUGUUUCAGUUCAGUAGCUGCAUCAAUUACACUGAAGAUUUGCAAUCACUAUAUAAAAGUAUGUUUCUGUAAAGCUACAGUUAUCUUGUGAAUUCAAAAUCUUGAAUUAAAAAAGGUUUUUAAGUAUGUGUAGCUUGGACUAAAGAAAUAUGACACAAAAAUAAAUUGUUAUGGCAAAAUUUAUCAAAUGAAUACAUUUUUUUUUCAAUUUUAAUUGCUAUUGAUUUCUUCUUCAUAAUUUUCUUUCUGGUAGUUCCAUUACUUGCUGGAAGAUACAAAUUUAUUCAAGUUAUUGGUGAAGGGGAAUCAUCCCUCUUGAUUUCAGCAGAGGUAAGGUAUACAAAAUGCACAUACAGACUGAAAAUUAUGGUUUUUAAUUACUGUAACUGUCUUUGGAAAAUACCAGUACCUCCUGUUAUACCUGUCAACUUUAUACCUACAGUUAUAUGAAUUUUUUCGAAAGUGUUACGUCAUUUUUGAAGGAUCUAUUAAUUACUUUCAGCAUAUGGUUAAAAACUUGCCUUAUAACCCUUUAACUCCCAGAAUUGAGUGAAAAGUAACUUCUCCCUUUAAUAUCUUUACAUUAUAUAGCAAACAGGUAAUGAGAUACUCAAACUGAUCAGGAAAAAGUUGUUGUCUUGAUCUAACACAAAAUUUUAGUAAUUAGUUUAAUAGAAAAGAUGCAGCAGCUAGAGGGGAGAAUUAACAAUCUGAUCUAAGGAGUUAAAUGGGAAAAGACAUUCAAAGGUGUUUGAAAUGCAAUUCAGAGGUGUAUCAUAUGUUUCAAUUAAGAUAACCUCUUCCAUAGCUGCAAAGGCCCAUAUUCCUUCUAGAAACAGACCAAAACAUUUGAAACCCAAGGGCUUGUGUUGCUUAAUUCCAAUUUCAGCUUCUAUUACAGACAAUAUUUUGUGAUGAAACUUAUUUUGUGAUUGGAUAAAAACUGUUCAGUUCACUCAGUAUGCUUGUAUAUUUAUCAAAGCUAACAUUCAUGUAAUUUUCUUUGUAAAGGAUACAUACCAUUUUGAAAAGAAGCAAGUUGCUAUAAAGAUAAUGAAUUUGGAUUAUUCCAGACUUGGAGCUCAGGUACACUGUAUCUGUCUAUAGAGUUUAAUAUGCAUGCAGCUGUAAGUGAUAAGGUACAUUUCAGACAAGCAAGCUACAAAUGAAUCUGUUAUAUGCAGAGCUGAGAGUGCUACUGAAACUGUAACUGCUGAAAAGAGCUUGCAUGCAAGCAUGUGUACCUUGACAUGAAGUGUACAUUGUCAGUGGAAAUUGUUCAAGAUGAAGAGUGCAUGUACAUGCAAAGAUCUUUGGGCUAAUUUCUUACAAGGUAAAUUAGAUUAACUUACUAUCCACUUUGUAUUACAUGAGUUUACUUUUUAUUUACAAAACUGUUGUAGGAGGCAGAUUGCAUUCAACAGCUCAACAAGGCUGAUCCUCUCCAUGUUUCCAGAACUGUCCAGUUGUUUGUAAGUCAUGAAUGUACGAUCCCUUUUGAGUACUGAAUCACAUGAAACGAAAUAUCUGUAUGUUGUUAAAUAGGACUGAUUUUAUACAGACACUGUAAGUAUCACUCCACCUUUUUGAUACCAUAUGAAAAAUCAUGAAAAGAGAAGAAACUGACCCUACUGAAGGACAAGAAUGAUGUAAUUACUCAACAGUAUUAAACACCACUGGCCUUAACUGACAAGGCAAUUUGACCAAUUAUCUUGGAUUGAGAAUGGUGAAUGCUUUGCCUUUCAUCCAUCAACUUGACAGAGUGGUGCAAACUAGGUUUUUUGCAUGUCAACACUUAGUUGGCAGUAUCAAACAUGCAUGAAAAAUUAUAAUUGUAAUUUACUUGUAUGCAGUUACAGCUUUUCUUGUAAAACACCGCAGUCUUAAUAUUAUGAUUUCCAAUUGGUUCUUUGUUUUACAAUAAUUGUAACAUAGCACCGAUAUAUUUGGUACAUGAGUACAAGAAUGUAUUCUAUUUAGAGGACCACAGUUCACUGACCUUGCAUUUUUGCCAAUUUGACAUAUUUGCUUGUGGAUUUUUAGAAUGUUUUCAGUUUUGAGGGCCAUUACUGCUUGGUUUUUGAGCUGUUGAGACCUCGGCCACUCCAUCAAUACUUUCAGGUUGGUUAAAUUAUAAACAGUUUAAUUUAGUAUUAUCAACUGAGUUGGUAACGUAAAUUGGCCUCUGUUAAGAGUUUCAAAGCUAAUGUUUCAAGCAUUAGCCCUCUGUCAAAGGGAAUGGUGAAGGGCUAACAUUCGAAAUGUCAGCUUUGAAACUCUUUAUGGUGGCUAAUUUAUGUUAUCAAUUCAGUUAAUAAUACCAAAUUACCUUGUCAUACUCUCCCACUGAUACAGUGCCACGCUUUGCUUUAGAAAUUUACUGGCUUUAUUGAAUUAUAAACAUGCUGUUAAGGAAUCCAUUGAGCUUUCCCUUUAAAUCAAUUGUUGUACUUUGUAGUUGUAUCUCUACUGAUGUAAGUAUUAUAUUUUAAAUCAUCUUCUUUACAGAAAUGUCAGUUUGAUAACGAGGUAAGAGUGUUUAAUGUAUUACCAUCUGUGCAUUGUAUGUUUUCAUUGUUAAAUUGAUUGUCAUCUUUGUUAACAACAUGAUUGAUUUAAUAUACAUAAUUUUGGCAAGAUCAUCAUCUAACCAUGUACAUUCUGUAAUAUCAGUCACUCAACAGUGUUUUCUUGAUUUUGUUUACCAACAGGAUGACAAACUGAAAGUCAUCAGGAAAAUAACUUUUCAAGUGAGCAAACCUUUUUUUAAAUUCUUAUAACUACUUUUGAUUUAAUUUAUUUCAAAUACAAUUGCAUCAGUUUUCUUUUGUCAGCUAUAAGAACUUAUAAAGACCAUUUAGUUAGACCAUAUAGUUUAGUUAAGACCAUAAAGUUAGCUUUAAUGAAGAUGAAACUUGUUAUGCGUCAAAUUUAUUGAAAUCAAAAUAAGUUUUUUUUUAUAUAAUAAAUUGAUGUGAUUAUUUGCUUGUAGCUCUUACAAGCUCUUGGAUUCCUAAGGAGGUAAGAUUAUCAAUAGGUGUUCUUCUUAGACUCUCUAGAAUUACUCAUCUGUACCCACAAGUGGCUUCAUUUUAUUUCAUUGUUAAGGGAAUCUUCUCUUGCCCAUCUUUUGGUGAUGCCACCAUGUUGUUGCAGGUUGGAAGUGGGAUGUUUAUUCUGCAUUUUGGUAAAUAAAAGGGAUCUUUUCAAAGGGGAGUGAUCAUUUGAGAGGAGGGACUGAUUUCAGGAUUUUAUGUGCUUUGAUCUCAUUCAACUUUCCAUAUGAAUCCACAGACAGAAUGUCAUCCAUGCUGACUUGAAACCAGAGAACAUUCUUUUUGAAGAAGGUGAAGUGGGUGUUUGCAACAAAUUGUCAAAAAAUUUGAUUUAACUUAAUGGACUUAAAAAGUCUUCCUUUUUAAAGAUAGUUGUAAUAUUUUGAUCUGGUUAAAUAUAAAUAACAGCUGUACAUAGCAUUUUGUAAGAAAAACAGACCAACAUUUUAUACAGAUUCUGAAGAUACGCUAUACAGUGGUCAGUGAAAGACUUAACUUUGAUGAAUACUCAGAGUUCAUAUCAGCUACAAUUAUUUGCCUAACAAAAAACAUCAUGAAUAUACCAUCCCAUUUUUGUUUCUGUCAUCAUGAUGGUGACUGGAUGCCUUGUAUAGGGCCCCAUGUCUUAGUUGCAAACAUUUUGAUGCAUGGGAGCAGUAGGUUUGGAAUUUAUGGACUAAACCUUUUAUGGACGUAACCUUUUUUACAUUUCUGACAGCCAACCUACAUUGAGAGAUCUGGUUGUUAAUACACUGUAAUAAAACAACUUUUUGUACACUUAACAAUUUUAGUCACAGACCUGAAGGUGAACAGUGGUGGAUAUUUACCUCACUGCUUCGCAGCUUGGUGAAUAUCCACCACUUUCACUGACACUGACAGAAGUGAAUAAAUUUGUUAGUAUAUACCACAUAGAUACCAAAAAAUUAGUUUAUUUCUUUUAAUAUACCAAAAACUGGUCAGAAAUCAAACUCUUACAAUGUGAUUUUGUCUCACAGGCUGCAUGGAGGUGAAUAGUACUUAGUAUUCACUGAAUGGAACCAGCCAAUCAGCACAUGCAAAAAGCACUAUUUACUUGUUUGGUGUGUACUAAAAUUGUUUAUUAUAUUAACACACUGUAGGUGACGAAACCAAGAUAAAAGUUGUUGACUUUGGAAAUGCAAUUCACUGGGUUCAUAGAGAGGUACAUGUAAUUUCUAUUAUUUGAUGAUUUUAGUGACUUAAUUUUAAAUGUGUGCAGCUAGAUGCAUCAGAAUUGUUGUACUGCAGACUUUAUGAACCCUUUACACCCUAACAUCAAUAUGCAUAUUCUCUAUACUGCCAUCUAUGCCAUUUUGAUCACCAUGACAAGUGAAAAUAUAUUUGGUGACUUUUGCUAACAUUUUAGUCAUUUUAACAUUUUAGUUAAUUGGUGACUAACAGAUAAGAAAAAAGAAAAAAGAAAAAAGAGGCAGCCAAAAAUUUUUAAAUGGUGACCAUUUUAAAUUUGAAGGUUGCCAAAAGGCAACUCUUUGGAAAAAUGAGCUUGGAGCUCUGUCAGCCACCAUUAGUAAUGACAUAUGAUAAUUAUUCAAAGUAUGUAAUUUAAUUCUUAUUUUCUUCUGUUUAAUUCUGUCAGGUUUCCUUGUAUUAUGAUGAGUUUGAACUACAAACUUUACUUUACAGAGCUCCUGAGGUAAAGUAAAGAUAUUGCUGUUUUCAUGAAUUGGGAGACAAAAUUAAUUUUACAUGUAGGUUACAUGCAUGCAACUCCAGUGUUUUCCUAAUCAAUCCAAGGGAAAUAAAGCGAGAUUAAACUAUUUUAUUUGGACUUGCAUGAACUGAAGUACUCUAUGAAAGAUGAUCAGUAAAGUUCUGCAGUUUUGUGUUUCAUAAAACAACUUAAUGUGGUUGGCCUGUUGCAGAUGGAAAAUUCUGUUCUGUGGUGACUAUCAUCUCAAGCAAUGUAUCAGAAAACAUAUUUAAAUUCACACAAUUAUUUUACCAUGAUUGUAUCUCAGGUGCAAAUAGAUGGGGGAUGUACAUAUUAGGGCCGUUUUUAAGUGGUUGUUGGACACUUGAAUUUUAAAGUUCAGUGUAUGCAUGUAUGCAGAUGACACUACAGUUUACUGUAUUGGACCAAAUGUUGACCAGGUUAUGUUGUCACUAAAUAAAUCAUUGGAGCAAGUUCUCCUGUGGAGCAUUAAGAAUCAGCUAACCAUCCACCCAAUUAAAACUGAAGCAAUGAUACUAAGUAAAACCUCUUUUGUUGGGCCUAUACCUCCCCUCCACUUUAACACUGGCCAUAUCGACCUGGUUAAUUACACCACUUGUCUUGGAGUUAAAAUUGACAAUAAGCUGACAUGGUCUGUGCACAUUGACUCAGUGAAGAAAUCUUUUACGCAGAAGGUUGGAGCGUUGAAGAGAAUGAGAAUCCUUCCGAAGAAGGUUCUCGAGGAAAUAUACUUUAAAACAAUUAUCCCCAGUGUAACGUAUGGAAUUUCGGUAUGGGGAAAUUGUUCUCCUUCCGCACUGAACUCUCUAAACCAUAUUCAUGCAAGAGCAGCUCGUAUUGUGAAUAACCUCGACUCAACGAUGGCAGAUGACACAUGUCUCAUGAAAUCCGACUGGCUGCCCAUCUCUUACUUCUAUAAAAAUCUGUACUGUUCCUCUUGCACAAAGUAUAUUUUGGAACAACGACCCAGUCGAUAUGUGAACUGUUUUCUAAAAGAGUUUCUUCUAGAUCUUCUCGUGUUCCUAACCAAUUUAAUGUCAUUAGAUUUAGAUCAGAGACCGGCAGGAACUCCCUACGAUACAGAGGUCCUGUUAUUUGGAAUUUUGUAAAUAGAUUAGUUAAAGUACCUGAAAGUUUUUAUUCUUUUAAACAAAUCUUACGUAAACAUGUUAAGACUAUUGACAAUUUUUCAUUUGAGAAAGAGGCAACAGUAGUUGCCAACAGAAAGGACCAUUUCAUUUACUUUUAGAUUUAUAUGUUAGUCUUAGUGAACACCAUUUUAUUUGUAUAUAGUAGUUCUAAGUUAUUAUUGCAAUUUUUAUAUAUAUGUAAUUCCUAAUAUUUAGUAUAGUAGGUCCACAUCAGCCCUUUGGCUGCCUUUCACACAACCUACUUAUCAAAUAAAGAAUGUAUAUGUAUGUAUGUAUGUAUGUAGUCUGUGGAAGAAGGUCCCACUAAAUGUUGUUUAAUAAUGCAAUGAGGUACAGUGUCCUCCACUUGAUAAUGUUGAUGGCAGUCAGUUGAAACUGAAAGCACUGUGUCAAUUCUUUCCAGGUGAUGUUUGGUGUUCCCUUUGGCCCUGAGAUUGACAUUUGGUCUUUGGGAUGCAUUGUAGCUGAGGUUGGUUAAUUGACUUGUAUGUUCUCACCAUAAUUAAAAUAUCGUUAAUGAUUAUUAGACCAUCAGUCAGAGCUAAUAACAGAUGAUGCUUGACAGUUUUAUGAUGGAUAUUUCUCCGUAAGGGGGGAGGAGAACUCACCCAGCCAUUAAUGUUAUUGGUGAGGAAAUGAAAUAAUGUCCUUUUAAUAUGAACAUUGGUUUCAGUUGUAUAUAGGCAAACCUUUAUUUCUGGGAGGAAAUAGGACUAAAGUGUUGCAAGAGGUAUGUUUUUGUUUUGGUUUUUUUUAUUAUUGGCACUUUUACAAGCUGUUUAUGACCUAAGGUAACUACUUUUCAUGCUUGGUUGCAGGUAACCAGUAUUCUUGGUCCCAUACCUCGGAGUCCAUUCCAUACUGGAAAAUAUUUUGAAGAUUUGUCACAGUUUAUAGGUCACCACAAAUCAGGUAAAUUCAAGUUUAAGAUGAUUCAAAUGUAAUCAAGUUAUCUCAAACUUUUUGGUAAUCCUUACUUAGUCCUCAACAUCAUUUAAAUAGUCUCUGCAACUAUUUCAUAAAUCCAGGUACACAACUUAAAUAAACAAUUGAUUUAACCCUUUAACUCCUAAGAGUGACUAACAUCCAAUUUCUCCACACAACAUCGUCCCUGAAUCAAACAUCAAGGUCAUGAGAAUAAGGGAGAUGAUCGCCCACUAAAGAAGCUCUUGAUUUUUGAACAAAUUCUCCUUGUCAGAGCCUUAGGAAAUGUCUAGAGAGUAGUAUGGAGAAUAUGCAUACUGAUGUUAUGGAGUAAAGGGUUAAGAUACAUCAACAAAAUAGCAAAAGACGACUUAUCCUUUGUAUGAGGGAGGAACCAGUGGAAAGAGAGCGAUGCUUAGAGGUGGUUCAAGUGAAAAUUAAAAAAAUAAUUCAUACGUGGGAAAAGAUUCUCUGAAAAAAAAAACAUCAUGCACAAUGAGAUGUCCAGAAAAAAAAAAAAGUAUCCUUUCAUUCACCUUUCCAACUAUUAUUUCUGCUCCCAAAAAUGAAUCAACAAAAACGUCCAUAAAUACAAUAAAUUUUCAUGGGAAAAAAAAUCCCACAUAGAAAAUACUGUAGGAAUCAACACAUGUAGGCUCUUUACUCACUUAAGACUUUUUUUUUCAUUGCUUUUAGAGGACAAUCACCUGAAAUGUGUGAGUAAUGUGAUGUUAAAGCUCCAUAAUUCAAGGAAUUUCUCUUUUGCACGUUUCUUAGUUGGCUUGCUGAAGUAUAAACCAGGUAAGUAUACGGAAUUAUCAUAGUUUGUGUAACUUUUACUUGAAACACUUUGUUUGUUACAGUCGUUAUCCUGCAAAACAAUGCCAAACGCACUGACACGUGAAAAACAAAAACCAACCUUUGUUCUUUGCUUUGUAUCACGAUCUCAGGUGAAAGACUUACACCUUAUCAAGCUGCUGCGCAUCCAUUUUGGCGCCAGAGUGUUCCUUUGCAAAUUUAUUGCCUCAACAAGGAGAUAAGAAAACAGGUUUGUUCUUGCCUUCCAUUGAACUGCAUAAAUGCAAAUUGGCCCUAUGCCGUCGCCAUGAAACGAACUUCUGACAAAGAAAUUUACCUUUCACAUAGGAAUCACCUUUUUACAGUUUCUCAGACUUCGUCGUUUAUGUAGUGACGACUCUGAUUUUUCUGAAAAUCAGAGGCAACGUGCUAGUUUUUCGAUAAACGUGGCUAUCCUGUUUCUGUCGUUCAAGCGGGCCACCGCCGUGCCCAACAAAUUGAUGGACAUUCAGCACUACAAACGGUUCAGAAGGAAAAUGCCGAUCGCAUUCCAUUCACUCUCACAUUUCACCCUCACAACCACGCAGUUGAAUCUAUCAUUCUUAAAAACUUUCAAUUACUUCAAAACGAUUCAGAGACUGGUACGAUCUUUUCGCAACCUCCACUAAUUUCAUUCAAACGUGACAGAAACAUUGGUAACUUUUUGAUCAGAAGUUCAUUUCAAACCAGUGACUAACCUGGAACUUUUAAAUGCGCUCGCUCACGAUGCAAAACUUGAAUGAAGCAAGACUUGUUUUCAUCCAACAUCUCCCUGGAAGGUGUAGGGCAGUUAAUUUCAAGUUUGAUUAAGGUAUUGGGAAACCUUUAUCAAUCAAAAUAUAAUAAAAUACCUCUGUUACGUUAUUUCCAGAUGCUGGAAGCUGCGCAGACAUUUCGUUUCCUACUGAGUAUAACUUCAAACCAUACGUUGACGAGGAAGUUAAAAGGCAGCAUUUUUCUGGAACUGAACUCUUAAAGAAGGGAACUACUGUAACUGCUUCUUCAUCAAAACACUUUCAGAGCAAACAGGAGAAUGCAACAUCUCUGAGGACUGGAAAUUUACAUUGUUCUCAAAGAGAAAAGGUGACAAUUAAUGAGAAAUCUCGUCGGGAAGACCAGUUGCUUCUAGAAAAUUUUAGUUAUGCCAUGGAAGGUCCUCUUGCCACAGGAUACCCUAAAUCAAUUCACCAACAGAACGAGACGUGUGCCGUUUUUAAAGGAAAUACAUGCUCUGAUGAUAUUGAAGAAGAACGUAAACAAGUCUCGGACAGGCUCAUGUCUACUCUCCUGACUCCGACAAAUCUUUCUUUGGGAAAAUUUUCAGAAAAAAAAGAAAAGUGUAAUGAGAAGGAUUAUUUGCCAGCAGGAACUAAUAUUACUUGUCCUACUAAUGAGUUCGAAAGACCUUCGGCGAGAUUCGUGUACAACAAAAGCUCCUGUUUUAAGCGCAAAAGUGAUGUUUUUAACGACACUCAUGUAGAAGACGGAAGCCUCCAAAAGUCUCACGAACUUUCUUUAUUUGGGGUUAAGAACUUUGGAAGCACAAACUUACUUGAGCAUCACAACAGAUUUAAUAUUGCUGGAAAACUAGGAUUUGAUGUGGGCAACUCUUCCUCAGGUGGAGAAACAAAUGCUGCCGCAAGAACUCGUGUCUAUCAUAGGAAAACAAAAUCUAGCAAAGUAGAGAUUGGGUAUACUAAACAUGACAGUGUCGCUGCAGUCCAAAUGGAGGUACAUGUAAAUGAAUCUCCUUGUUAGGCGGCAAAAGCAAUUGUAACAGAUGUGAAUCUUCAAGCGAAGUUUAGAGUGGGAAAGGUUCAUGACGCAUAUUCGCAUUUUGUGGGUGUUUUUUUUUCUAAAUGCACGUGCGUUUAUUUGGAAGCGAUUUCCGGUUAAUGUCCAUACUCCUUAAUUUAAUAGUUGAUCGACUUUUUCAUGUUCAAUCAAUGACAUGUAGCUAGGUUGUGGAGACCAGUCAAUCAGUUAGGCAGGCAGGAAGGCAGUUGAUCUACAUUUUCAUGUAUCAACCAAUCACAUUUAGCUUGUUUGUGGAGACCAGUUAGUCAGUAGUUCAGUCAGUCAGGCAGGCACGCAGCUGGCCAGGCAGUAAAUUUUUGGGCUUGACAGUCUGGCAAGCAGUCAACUGGUUAGCCAGUUGUUCAGUGCUUCACUCACGCAGGUAUGUGUGAAUUUGAUAGUCAGACAGACAAUGUGUCAGCUAUUCACUCAGUCAGUCAAUCAAUUAGUUUUUCAUUUAAACAGCCUGAAAGGCAGGCAUCCAGCAAACAAAUCAAUCAGUCAGUAAAUCGUCCAGCUACAUGUAGUGUGCCAGAUGGUUACUCGGCUGGUCAGUUGGCUCUCAAGGCACGCCUCCAUCAACGAAAAGAAAAAUCACCAAGAUGCUGGAAUAUUGAUCAAUCAUAACUUAACAAUCAGUUAGUCAGCGAGUGAGUCGGUCGGUCUCCUGGUCAUUCAGUCAGUCAAUGACUCAAUCAGGCUGGCAGUCGGUCAGGUGGUCUUUCAUUCAAUCAGUUUGUCAAUCAGCUUGUCAGCAAGUUGUCUUAAUCUCUUGGUUUUACCAAACAGGAAUCAGAAGAACAAGUAAACAAGGACUCUGGAAAAGCCGCAUUCUCUGGAGCAUAUCAGAAUGAUG